AUGGGUGAGCCUCCUCUGGCAGAUCGCCUACUUCAGACUGGCAAGUUGGCUUUUGAUCCGGACCAGCCAGAAGAGGUGAGGCAGGAAAAUCGGCCUAGGUUCAAGGCAAUAAUAGAUGGCACGAGCACUUUGGUGCUCAUGCCGGUUUUGAACCUGCUGAUUCAACCAGGUCGCACUCAUCCAUGGCUUCGAGCGCCACUCAUCUCGGCUUUGGCAUCUCUUCCCCUCAGGCCUCGGGGGGUUCAGGAUACUAUUGAAUUUAUCCUCUCGGUGCACCCAAGCUCCCGGGUGGGCUCAUCCGAAGAUACCUCCAAGCAGGCUGGUAUCUCUUAUGAGGCGUUGAACGCUGCAUCUCGGCUUCUUUGUUCUCCACCAUUUGGUAUGGCAUCAGAGAGAUGGUUUUCCGGAAUCGCACCACAACUGCUCUCGCUCCUUCAGGGGCAAGGCGAGCCUGGAAUGGAUAAAGCCGCGGCAUUCAUCAUCGGUUUCGGAAUCCUUGGCCGGAAACAAUACGGAGCACCAGGAAUGGCUGGCUGGAAGGCCUUCGCAGCCCCCAUGCUUAGCUGCAUUGAUCCGACAAUUACACCAGAAUCAACUCAGGCUGCAGCCUCAGAGGAGGACAUAAUAACUUUGGGUGCUCCAAAGAUAUUGGUGUCCUCUGGCGACGUUUCUCGCAGCCUCUGUAAUUUGUUAACACUUGUAACUUCACAUCCGAAUCCCGGCCUUGCGAGGCGCCUCCUAAAGCCUAUUCUUCUGCCACUCUGGUCCUUGGCCUCUUGGUACGAUGAUGCGUCGAUAGUGGAAAUCACAUUCUGCAAGCCAGCAAGGGAGAUGUUGAAGAUUUUAGUUCAACUAAGUCCCGUCAAUGAAGAACCAGUUUACGAAAACUGCCCGCGCCCUACAUCGUACUGUCUCUCUACAAUUUUAGACAACUUGUUGUUCAAAGGCAGAUCAGGUCCUGGAAAACCGUGCUGGGAGUAUGCGUCAAGUAAAGAUGGCGGCAUUCAGGUUCAACAGCCUGAUAAUAAUCCUCAAAAAGAUACGGAUAUAGUAUCCAAUCUGGCGAGGAUAGAUCACGGAGUCGACAAAUUUAUAGCUUUUCUUGGGAUACUAGGAAGCACGCCCGACUUUGUAACAGAAGUCUCCCGUUUGUUCAUGAGUUUAUGUUCCAAAUGGCUCUCCAACAAUGAUAGACAGAUUGGGAACCCGGUGCUUUCGCGCCUGGAAGCCAGCGAGGACAGGGGUGAUAUCGAGUCUCGGCUCAUCGAGGCCAGGGUCAUGCAGAAGUUGAUGGAUACGUUUCCGGACAAACUGAUUAGUGAUUCUAAACAAGUACUCGCGUUGGUGUGCCAGGUCCUCUCCGAUUUUACCGAUGCCAGUGGAGACCAUACCAACAGCGAUGAUGCAGUUGCCGUUGCGCUUAGCUUGCUCAACAUGUUGUUGACUACUCCAAGCUUUCAAAUAUCUCUAGAGGACACUGCUCUAGAUUCUAUUCAGUCUUCGCUGAAAUCAAUCAGCCGACUGGGACGCGAGGAGAUAUCUCCAACUGCCAAAAGUUUGCAAUCAUUACUUAGGUUUCAUAGCACUAUCGGUGGACCACAAGUCGCUAUUCCAAGCACAUCUACGGAUCAACAAUGGGAAGAUCGCAAGAGCUACAGUCUUGCCAUGUCAUAUCUUAUGGCUAGCGACUCGCCACCGCCAGUUCGCGUCCAAGGCCUCGAAAUUCUCUCUACCCUAAUGCGAGCCAACAGUGCAGUUCUAGAUAUUCCCGCUCUCCUUAUCCUUUUUACUUCGAUCCUCCAAGACAAGGAAGAAUACAUAUACCUGCGCGCCAUUCAGUCUCUCAUUCAACUAUCUCAGAGACACCCUAAAGCCGUAAUGAAAGAUCUUAUUGACCGCUACGUAGAUCCCGAUGAGGAGUACGAGCUCGACCAACGGUUGCGACUUGGUGAAGCAUUACUCCAAGUCAUACAAACCAGCGCUCUGCAAUUCACAGGCGAAACAGCCCGCUCAGUCUGUCAUGGGCUCUUGUUCAUCUCCAGCCGCCGCGGGUAUCGACCCAAGACAGAACGAGCCCAAGAAAGGCGCCUCAAGUCGAAGAAGAAAAGCGAGACGGAGGCAGAAGAAGCAUGGGGUGGAGAGGUUCCUCAACUGGCUGAGGACGAAAUGUCUCCAGAGGACGAGAUAUUAGCCCAGAUAGUGUCUGGAUGGGAAAGCAAACGAGGGACUGAGGAUGUCCGGAUCCGCGCCUCUGCAUUGUCGAUUCUUGGCUCUGUAUUAGAAUCCAACCUGGGAGGCAUAGACCCAAGCACAACCUCCGCAGCAAUCGAUAUGAGCAUUCAUAUCCUAACGUUGGAACCUGAACUGCAAAGGGCUAUACUGCGGCGCGCUGCUAUUCUUUUAAUUAUGGAUUUUAUUAGAGCUCUUGAGGCCGCUCGGUCCGAAGGCAGAAGCCUUGGUUUUGGGUUUGUAGGGCAAAGUCUUGAUAAUGUGACGAGAGUUUUGGAGUAUGUAAAGGACACGGAUAGCGAUGGAUUGGUCAGGCAGCAUGCUAAGGAUGUUGUGGAAAGCUUACAAGCCUGGCAAAUGAACUCCCUGUUUGCCUCCCGUGCUGAACCGCAAACGGAAAUCCAGGAAUUAUCAGGGCUACAUAUUAGGCCGGGAGGAGGCAGCAGGGAAAGCCGAAUGACCCCUAGGAUUGAGGAAAUUGAGUAA